UUUGACAUUUCUUCUUUUGUUUUGCUACACAACAAGCAAUUAGUGCGUAUGUAAAACAUAACACAAAAUAAAAUUCAAAGCAGUGUAAGACUCUCUGGCGAAUAGUCAUCAAUAUAGCAUUCACUUUACCUGCAUUUAUAUUAUUGAAAAGAAUAAAACGGCAACAGAUAAAACUUAAGUAAAGUGUUGAUCAAUCGAAGCUACAGGGCUUAUAUUGCCAAUUCUAUUAUCACAUCGUAAACGUAUUUUCAUAUUUUAUAACAAUUUCAAAGAGAAGCCAAAUGGAUAGCGACGCAGAAUCUUACGACGAAUAUGAUGGUGAUUACGACGAACCAGAGGAAUGGGAUGAUGUUGAUGAUAAUGUCAACAAAAAACCAUCAUUUGAAACGCUAACAACUGACGACAUCGUGCAACUUAUGAACCAGUAUAUCGAGGAAGUCAAUGCCAUCGUACAGAUGCCAGCAACAGCCACGCGAAUUCUAUUGAGCCAUACGAAGUGGCAAAAGGAAGAACUACUUGUUAAGUUGACCGCUGACGAUUCUGAUGAAUUCUUUAAAAAGGCACAUGUUCUUAAUCCAUUUGCUGAGGAUAAUAGUCCAAAAGCGGUGUCCAACGUACACGAAUGUAAUAUUUGUUUAACGGAAUUGCCACAAGAUGCAAUUGUUGGUCUCACUUGUGGUCAUAAAUCGUGUAAAGAUUGCUUUGGUCAAUAUUUGACGUAUAAAGUGGUCGAUGAUGGUAAAGCUGAUUCGAUUUCAUGUACUGACACAAAGUGCCGCAUCGUCGUUGACGAUUUGACAAUCAUCAAAUUUCUAACCACGGACAAAGCAAAACAAAUGUACCAGCAUUUAAUGGCAACUUCAUUUGUUGAGUAUAAUCGUAAUUUGAAAUGGUGCCCAUCGCCUGGUUGUACGUAUGCAAUUAAAGUCAAUCAGAUAUUGACACAUCAACAAAAUUGUACCUGUAAAUGUGGCCAUAGCUUUUGCUUUAGUUGCGGUGAUGCUUCGCAUGAUCCGAUACCGUGCGCUUUAAUGGACAACUGGAAAAGAAAUUCAAACGAUGAUACAAUCUUAUAUCUCACCAAACAUACGAAAGAAUGCCCGAAAUGUUUUUGUGCCAUCGAAAAGAAUGGCGGCUGCAAUCGCAUGAUCUGCCGAAAGUGUACCCAUCCAUUUUGCUGGCUAUGUUACGGAACGAUGACUACAUAUGACCAUCAAUGCAACCAAUUUAAGGAAGUCAAUGAAGAUAGAAAUCAGAAGAAUCGAUGGCAACAUUAUUUUCAGCGAUACUCUACACACAAGGAAUCGCUGAAAUGUGAAGAAAGGCUAUUGAUUGGCGAUAAUACAAUCGACCGCAAAAUGAAAACUAUGCAAUUCAUGGGAAAAUCAUGGAAUGAUGUUCAAUUCUUGAAAAAAUCCGUUGAAAUUCUAUGUGAAAGUCGUAAGCAGUUGAUGUUUACCUAUAUUUUUGCAUACUAUAUCGAAGACCACCAUCAAAAAGUCAUUUUUGAAGCGAAUCAAAAUGAUUUGGAAUCGGCCACCGAAGCUCUGUCACAGUAUUUGGAACAAAACAUCACGGAAAAUAACAUUGACACGAUUAUACAAGAUGUUAUGCACAAAUCAAAUUAUUGCGAACGACGUCAAAAGACGAUGCAAGAACAUAUUUACGAAGGCUUCGAAAAGGAUUGGUGGUCAUUCACAACAAAUCUCUGGUCCCGACUCAAGAAAAUGGGUUAACAAAAUAGAAAAUAGUACAAAGCUAGCACCAAUUUUCCGAUUGAAAUUUUUCUAUAGUAUAAUUCAAGAUCAAUAUAACUACCUAUUGAUAGAAAUAUAUAGAUUCAUAAAUAAUGUCCAUUUAACGCAUCUAUUCACUCCAUACACGAUGUGUAUGCUGAAAAUAACAAUUGGUUGAAAUGAUUUAAAAAUUUUAUAUUGGCAAAAUGGAUUUUUGCUUUUUUUACUUUCAAUUUAUUUCACACAAUGCGUAAAAUAGGCGCCACUUCUGAAUCUGUAGUUAUUUAUCUAUUAACUUCCAUUAUAUGCUUAAAAUUAAUCUUAAACCCGUGUGUCGGGUCAAAUUGACCCGAUGUAUUUUCUUUUGCAAAUUAAACAUACAAAAAAUAAAAAAUAUAAUCAAAUAUCAUUUUUUGUAUGUAUUGGACCUUUAUCUUUGUGAACACAGUGAAAAUAUUACAAAUAUGUGUAUGGGCGGCCGAUAUGUAAAUGGCCGACCGGCCACUCUUUAUUAUUUACCAAUGACACCAUGACAAUUUUGUAUUUUAUAAGCACAAACAGGCGUCAAUUGAUAGCUUAUUUCAAGGCCUUUCCAACGAUAUCCAAAUGCCGACUGUCCCGUG